GUACAACUUUCUGCGGCCUGAUAGUCGGGAGUUCGAGGACCUCGUGAAGAUUUUGUCAUCGUUUUAUUUGGACUCAUCAUCACGAGCAGCCUUCUCCUACUCCAAGGCCAGGCUCAUCUACAACGAACUGCUGGAGAAGGAGUUCAUCGAGAAGCGCCGAGAGAUGAAGCAGGAGGGGCGGACGGAACAAGAAUUGACUGAGUCGUACUGUUUCCUUUUUCCAGACAAAGCAAAGCUCCAUUGGAUCUGCGAGAAGGGUCUGUCUGUUGGACACUCCAAGAUUACUACACUUGGAAAUCCUUCAGUGGGUGUUUAUCUCUCCAAAUAUUCAGAUUUAUUACAAAUCAACCCUUUUGAAGUGGGCUCAUCUGGAGACAUGGUCAUUUUUAAAGUCAUGAGGGGCCGAAUAAAGCACAUCCACGAGAACAUGCCUAAGAAUGCAAUGGAGCCCACACCCAAGUUUGACUGUAACUUGUCGAAAAGUGCGAACAGGGUAACAUCUCUGCUGUCCUACAGGGCCUUUGAGCUCACACAGCAAUAUUUUUAUGAGUUUGCAUUUGAUGAGAUCAAGGCUCGACCCAGGCACGUGUGCCCCUACGCUGUGGUUUCCUUUAAGUACAUAGGCAAAGAGGCUGCUGCGACUCCUAUGACUGCACACAGGUUUAAUGCAAUUUCCCCUGAAGGAAGUAAAGGGAAGAACUGCUACACUGUGUGGAGUGGUCCACUACUGAACAAGGGUCAGGAGUUAUUCCCAAUCUGUUUACGAUCGUCUUCGCGCCCCUACCUUCCUUUCAAACUGCCUGAGAAGCUGGAGAUGAAUCGGGGCAUGCAGUUAGAGCAGGUGAAGCGAAAGAUUCCCUCUGUGCUCUUUUCUUGGGACACCUACAGAGCAUCACGGGAAGUAUUGAAGUGUGGGAUGUCCUGCAGCCUGUUUGAGGUGGUGGAUGGAAAAGGCAAACCGACCAACGGCAGCCUGGCAGCGCUGGUCAACAAACUGGAGAGAGACAGAAUGGUGCUGGUGAAGUCCUUGUUUGACCGGGGCUUUCUCUUCCUGCUCUCUUCAGCUCAGAUGGUUGAGUCCAAAGAGCGGUGGGGGCGGACUGAGAAAAACCUGCAAGCAUUAUUCAUCUUUCAGGAAUCAAGGACGGUUGUUAAAUAUUCAUCCAGACUGUUUGAGCCAGAGCUGCUGACAGCGGAGCCUCAGCCCGCCCACCUGUCCUCCACGGAGCCCUUCAUCCCCGCUCUGCACUACUCGCUGUUCAAGCUGCGGCCUAACCCAGGCAAGGACCUUAGCGCCGGGGUGGAGCGGCAGGCCACCGAUUACCUUACGCGCAUGGAUUCGGGUACGGUGCGGCCGUUCAUUCUGCCCGACUACAAAUGUAACAUGGAUGAUCGAAUCAACCCGCUCCCGGUGCCCAGACCCAAAUUUAACAUGGAUGCCAUGCUUCGCUCUUAUGUGCACAACCCUGCCAACUAUAUGUUACCCCUGAACAAGGCAAAGGACAUCAUGGAGAGAAUACGAAACCCUGUACCUGUACCCGUACCCACACCCACACCCGUUCAAGCCCCAGUGGAAUACAGCCCUGUGUCUGACUGGGGUGGCUCGGACAGGGGCUCGGACAGGGCAGAGAGACCCCCGGAGAGGCCAGCCCAGGAGAAACCACCACAAGACAGCAGCAGACGGCGGCCUGGGUUGGCCCAUUCAAACGGAGCCCAGUUGCAGCACAAGCCCCACGUUGACUCUCAGCCUCAGCCCCAGAGGUUACGGUUGUCCCAGAAUGAGUAUGACAAACACAAGAUGAAGCAGCUGCUCAAGUUGAUUCAGCUUCAUAAGAAAGCACUAAUAAAAGACCCUGAGAAGGAAAGGGAAGAGGACGGAACCUGGGACGCCAACAAUUUGAAGAGGAAGUUUGAGGGAGAUGAGAGUGGAGGCAUAAACAAACACCAGCGUACUGAUCCGCUGAGCAACGGGGAGCCCAGUCAAGGCAUCCAAGCCGGUGAGAUGGGAGAUGAAGGUGGACACGGUGACAAUCUGACAGCUGUAAUGGAAAGCAUGGGCAUCUAUGACACUGAUCUGAGGGCCCGUGGCAACGCCAACACCUCAGCGGUCAACGAGACGCAGCGCCUCCUCAAGAUCCUGCUGGCCACUCUCAACAAAGCCGUGGCUCAGGGUUCAGUGUCUGUGCAGGUAAAUCACGGUGAACCGUCGACGGGUUCAGGCAGCGGGGAGCCUUCUAUUCCUGACCCGGAUUUUAGGAAACAACUUGAGCCAGCCUUGCAAACAAACUACACAGAGGAGGACAUGGACUGUAGCCCUGGAAGUCCGUUCAGCGUCGGCUCCCCGCUAGAGCAAGCUCACACCUCAGAUAACCCGACAUGGGUUCUCCCCGUCAAUGAAGGUACCUCGAAGCAGACAGUUAACACAGACCUCUCCCCUUUUCCUGGGCUGAGGCCUGAGCCGGAGGCCGUGAGAGCGACAGACAGUCAGCCAGAGCUGAAGACGCCUGCAGUUGUGGAAGUAAAAAAGGCAGCUGCAGCUACCACAUUACCAGUUUUAGAGGAGGUUCCCUUCAGGCCCUCCAUCAGCCUGGACACCAUCCUUAACCAGGAAAUUCAUAGUCUCACUUCUGACAUUAAGAACAUUAUGCAGACUAACCACAUCUGCUAUACCUCGCAGCUACCACCACGGUUGGUUCCACGCGGCUGCUGGUUACCCAACAGCUGCUUCUCAGACUUUAUCGCAUCCUUCGUCUCCCCUGUCCCCACUCAGGGACACGUCAAAGCACUAUGUGAGAUGAUGGACAAGUUGAUCCCAGCCCCACCUGCUCCCUCGAAGGUCACUUCUCCACCUCCCCCAGUAACAACGUCUAAUCUUACAACACCACCCCCUGCCCCAAUCCAGACUUCCAAAACUAAAGCGGAGUCCCCCCUGUCCAAGAGCACCCCCUCCUCCCAGAGUGAUAAAAUGGGCUCUAUCAAAGAACCUGCAUCCACAAAAGCUAAAUCAGAAGUCGCCUCAACAGAGUUGGGGGGAGAAGUUUAUUCUCCCUCUCUAACCACAACAGACUCUCCAGACGCUAACUCCCAAAACCCAAGCCUGCUUGCUGGCAGCCUCAUUGGUCAGCUGAAGCCUGAGGUUUUCAGCAGUCUGGUGGAGAUCUUUAAGGACGUCACGAAGAAUACGGUGAAAUUCUACAUUCACUCUAGUGACGAGGGGGAGGAGAGAACUGUGUGCAAGGAGAUAAAGGAGUACUUGAAAAGUCUUGGCAACAGCGAGUGCAGCCCGCAAACGUUUCUGGAAAACAGCGGCAGUUUAGACAAGCUCCUCAUCAUCAUUCAGAACGAGGACAUCGCUGCGCACGUGCACAAGAUCCCGGCUCUGGUGUCGUUAAAGAAGUUGCCUUCAGUGAGUUUUGCUGGAGUGGACACUCUGGACGAUGUCAAGAAUCACACUUACAAUGAGCUCUUUGUGUCUGGAGGCUUCAUGGUGUCUGACGAGUUUGUCCUAAACCCCGACCUUAUCACGCAGGAUCGGUUACAGGGGCUGCUGAAGUUCUUGGAAGAGCAGAGCUCCCCUGAACACCCCUGGCAGUGGAAGGUGCACUGCAAGUCCCAGAAGAAGCUGAAAGAGCUGGGGAGGUUAAACACCAACGCCAUGGGGCUUCUGAACCUCCUGACAGCUUAUCAGAAGAAGCACCUAGUGGAGUUCCUCCCUUAUCACGAGUGUGACACUCAGUCGCGUCAGGCUCCUGAUCUGGAAUGUCUGAUCAAACUCCAAGCGCAGCACACACAGCAACGGCACCUUAUCUUCCUCACUGAGAGGCCAUUUGAGAUGUUUCUCCAGUUUUCCAGAAAUGGAAUAGUAAUUGCAAGCAUUGAUGAUGUAAUGAGCGGAUUCCACAGUCUGAUUGGCUCCAUUAAUCAGAAUGAGCUUCCGACGCCGCCCUCUACUGUAGUGAAUGAUGAGUGUGUGGAGGAGGAAGACAUGUCAUUAGACUCUGAUGAUGGUGAUGAGCCACCCACUAUAGCCGAUUCUGCAGAGCAGAACCAGAUAGGAGAGAAGAAAAAGCCUCCGCAGCCGCCGCCACCAAAUAUGGAGGAGUUUCGUCCUCCGCUCCCAGACCAGCAGGUCACGCCUGAGAGAACUCCGACGCUGUCUGAGUACAGUGCUCUCAAAACCGCCAUCUCUCAGUUCAAAGCCACCAACCAGAUAGGUAUAGGCUCUUCAGACAUUGGCAGCUUGUCACCAGGAGGUUUUCCUGUGAAUCCCCACCAGAGCUUCCUGUGUCCCUCAGCCUCGUGGUCAUCCUACACUGGCUCUUCAAGCUACGCUGCCUCCCCAGCCUACCCAGCCUCGCCCUGCAGCACCACCCAGGAACAGGAGUAUCGCACUACAGCUCCUGCCACGAUCCCAACUCCCCCUGUCAUGGCCACAGCAGGACCUCUUGCCAACCUGGCGUCCCUCCCCAUGGAGGUCAAACCUCCCCCUCCACCUCAUCUCAUGAUGCUUGGUCACACAUAUGGCUCGGACACUGGCGGAGCUGGGGUGACUGGGAACUCUCCACACACCACCUCCAUCCCUUACACAAACCAUUGCGACACAACCCAGCCAGUUUACAUUGCUGGGACUCCCUCACAACAUGACAGGACAGUCAGUGGACCUGGGGAGGGAGUGUGGGGCACUGCAGGGACUAGCACUUGUGAGAGUGGCAGUGGCCAGGGCGUAGUCACAUCAGGACUGUUGGACUCAAGUGGGCUCCCUAAGAGCGGGGAAGCCCUUGGAGGCAGCACCCCUGCUAGUCAAGGGAACAGGACUCAGGUGAAUUGCACUGACAACCUUGGAUCCUCUGUGGGAAUUCCCACAGUGGCCACCAGGGGGGGGUCAGUAGUCAGACCUAAGCUGCCUCCACAUCCAAUGUGUGCAGUUGGCUAUGGGAGUAUAGGUGGCAUCCCUGGACAGAUGGACCAUGGGCCUAUGCGGGGUGCAAUGGGUCCUGGUUCUUUAGGGAGCUAUCGAGGGAGAGGAAUCCCACCAGGACUUUGGACUCGUCCAGGACGAGGACAUGAUCGGGGGGGCGGAGGUGGUCCCUGCUCCUGGGGUUACCCAGCAGGCAGGGGCAGGGCACAGGAUUACUACUCGGACUACACAUACUCUCACAAUUAUGCCCCUGAAUAGACAAUCAACGUGACCAGAGGGGCAACACAAACACCAUACUCCAGAGACUUCUAGAGCUGGCUGAAUGUACAUAUUUCCUUGUCAUAAAAACAUUGAUUUAAAUCCGUAAAUAAAGCUCCUGGUUUUCUACGUGAAAUAAAAAUUGAUACAGGCAGUGCCGAGUGUCCUACUGUCGUGUAAACUGUACGUACACUCUUUCCAUGUGAGCUAUUUGAGACCCUGUUCAAACCACUAUAUUUAUAUUUGCCAACAAAUGUUAAUGGCCUUCCAACUUCUGAAUUUUUCAUAUUUUUUUUUCAGUUUGUCCCAGUUUUGAAGCGGUUUGUGAACAUGGGGAAAGGCUGAUAUUUUUUUAAGGAAAAAAAAACUGGUGAAUUAAAUUUCACUUUUGCUGUUGGUUUUCUUUUUAUUUUAUUUUACAUAUUUGGUUGUCCAAAAAUCUAUUAAAAUAAACCAUUUCAAAUCUCCUUUGUGUGACAGGUUUGAUGACAGUGUCAAGCAAACCUAUUAAAAAU